AUGUCGAAGCCGUCACAGUUGCGCUCCCUCUAUCGAUCACUCCUUCGAGAACUUCCUCCCAAACCACUCCCAUCUUCUUCUUCGCAAGUCCGUUCGCCUUUACAUCAACAAUUAAGACAAAGCUUCUCAAAUGAUCCACCUCACGAGCACGUCGUCGCCCAAGCCGACCAGUUAGUACGGUAUCUUCAGGCACAAAGGCAAUAUACGACUCUGCUAGAGCGAUAUAAUCCGGGCAUGGGUAUGGAUGAGGAAGAGCGCGUCAGACUGAGUGCCCGUCGGGUCGGCAUGGAUUUACCAGUAGAGUAUGAGAAGCAAGACAAGAGCAGUUGA